AUGUUGGGGCGAGUAGCGCAUCGAUCACGGGCCAGCAUAGGAGCCAGAUACUAUGCUGCAACGCCAUCAUCCUCCGUAGUUGCACCUACAAGCAAGUCAUCGCAAUCAUCUAUAAAGCCAUCUCCUGCCUUCCUAACAGGCCCUCGUGAUAUCCAUGUCUUUCCUGUCUCGAAUGCCUUCGAGAAUGAACAGCAAUCAAGGACGGCAAGCACUACUUCCACCGCCACUAUAAAUACUCCCUCUUCUCCAUCACCAUCAGCACUAUCAGAUAAACCAGAGUCGCAGUUCGAGGCAUUCAAUGGUGAAUCUGUCGCAGCUGCCGAAGACUUGACAAAGUCAUUCAAGGGAAUCUCUGCUGAGCCAUUCCCAAAGGAGGCUUGUGAUGUAUUGAUGGCUCCUAUAAAGUCAGAGGAUGUCGAAAUCAAACCAGAUGGACUACUAUAUCUGCCUGAAAUCAAAUAUAGAAGGAUAUUGAAUCGAGCAUUCGGUCCAGGCGGCUGGGGCAUCAUUCCACGAGGCCCACAUAGCAUAUCACAACGAACAGUAUCACGUGAAUACGCUCUGUUCUGCCUAGGUCGCUUUGUCUCACAAUCUAGAGGUGAACAAGACUUUUUCGGAGACGACAAUCUUGCUACGGCUUCCGAAGGAUGUAAAUCAAACGCCAUGAUGCGAUGCUGUAAGGAUCUAGGUGUCGCAUCUGAAUUAUGGGAUCCGGUAUUCAUCCGUGAGUUCAAGAAACAGUAUGCUACCUUCGUACAGGCAACUCACGUCACCACUGCUGCCAAAAAGUGGGUGUGGAAGAGGAAGGAUCGCGCUUUGGAUUACCCAUACAAGGAGGAAGCGGCAUCGUUUGUGUUUGGAUUCUUGUUCGCUGCAUCAGUCUAUCCAUUGUCCAUUGAGGAUUUUGAGGAUUUUGUCGGUGAAAUUCUUCCUUCCUGGUAG